UCGCCAGCUCGCCCCGGUCGCGAUCGCCGCUGGCUCGCUCGACUCCACUGAUAGGUAGCUUUGCCUUAUCGUCAGACGAGCGGGGAAAGCCAAGGACGCAGCUAGCGCGCCAGCGAGACCGCGAGAGCGUAGCAAACUAGGCGAUGGAGAUGGACGGCGACGACGACGGCGACUUCACCUUCCCCACCGUCGCCGCGCUGCCCGCGCCGGGAGGGGGGCUCGGCGGCGGCGGGGACGGCGAACGGGCCGCGGCGGCGCGCGUGCUGCCCUACCACCAGCUCCCGCUCCCCGACCUCGCCGCGGCCACGGCGUCGUCGUCGUCCCCGCUCUGGCCGUUCGCGGGCGCUUCGAAGGCGGCGACGGUGGCCGCGGACGAGGAGAGGAUGGACCUGCUGUGGGAGGGCGCCACGACCACCGCCGCCGCAGCGCCGGCGCCACGGUCAGCACGGAGCGGCGGCGCCGGGCGUGCGGAGGCGGAGCCGCCGAAGCCGAUGGUGCCGACUCCGGAGCCGCACCGCGCCGGGGCGGACGGAGACGACAAGCGGCGCGCCGCGGCCGUGGCCGACGCCGAGAGGAUGGACAGGCUGUGGGAGAGCUUCAACGAGGAGCUCCUCCUGCUGCGGCGCGGCCGCACCGAGUCCGCCGGCGGCGGCGGCGGCGGCAGCGGCAGCAAGGACUGGUACCUCUGCAGCUACCCGCCGUCGGACGGCUCCGAGGAGGGCACGUCGUCGGCGUCGUCCCCCGCGGAGCGGCGGCGCGGGUACGGGUGCGCGCCCACGAUGCUGCGCGCGUCGUCGCGCGCCGGCGGGGCGGGCCAGUUCUGCGGCGGCAGCCCGCGCGGCGCCGGCGGGCGGCGCCGCGGCGGAGGACGCGGGGCCGCGGCCGGGUGGGCGCUGCUGCUCAGGCUCUUCCGGAGGCUCUUCGCCGUCGACAGGGCCACCACGGCGCCCCGCACCCACGCCACUAUCUACGUGCCGUGACCAUGAUCGAUGCUCCUACUGUGUACGUACGUCCAAUUUGCAGAGAAUUUUACGUACGGCAAUUACAGGUUUCUUUUCUUGGUCAGGAAAAAGCUGGAAAUUAGCUAUAGGUCAUGAAGUAACAGUACUUGUCAGGAUGUAGGCAGGAGCGGGCCGGCCUGGUUGCCUGCAACCGCCACCCCGCAAAAACACUUUUCCAAACACCUGCCACAGCCCGCAUUUUGCAAAUAGACUUCAAAUGUACAUCCCGCCAAACCUGGUGGGUUCUGCAGGCCAGCCAACCUUCCUUUCCCUUCCCUUUCCCUUCCCUGUGCAUCUGGGGCUCGGGGCGACGAGCAGACGCAUCGGCAUCGCGCCUUGCGCGCCGCCGCCGCCCCCCCUCCCUCCUGCUGUCCGCGCCUCCUCCCUCCCUCCUGCAGUCCGCGCCGCCCCCUCCCUCACUCCGGCGAUGCAGAGCUCCGCAAAAUCCACGGCGCCGCCCUCCCUCCCCAGCAGUCCGCGCGGCGAAAUUCUUAUGGAGUUGGCAUCACAAUCUAUACCUGAAGAAGUUGGGGGCUCAGGUGGCGCACCUUUGAUCAGCUCUUCAGCAACGAAGCAUAAAAAGCUUCCUGCUAUGGGAAAUCAGAAAAGGCACAUGGUUGCAAAGCGGGCAGAAAUGAGUCAAAAGAAGCAAUCGGCUAAAAAACGAGUGAAGUCUCCUGCAAUGGGAAAUCAACAAAAGUCUCCUACAGGCUCUCCAUUAAAGAGGCGUGCAGAAAUAAGUAAACAGAGGCUUGCAAAGCGGCUCAAGCCUCCAAUGGUGGGAAACAAACAAGUGUCUCCACUAGUGACAGGUUCUCCAAUGAUGAGGUUGGUUGUGUCACCUGUGGUGAUGGGGCCAAGGUCGACAUCACGCAGCCCGACAAGUCUUGUAUUGGAACCACAUGCUAGAUGAUGAAAAAGGUGAUUUUGUUGGCACCGCAGUUCGUGAGGUCUUGUGUUAACAAAGGAUACAUGAAGGAUGAUUACCUGUGCUUUUUUGUUAGGCGUGCAACAAGGACGGUCCAUCCACAGUAGAAUUUUGGAUUAAUCAAGCAUUGUAGAUGAUGAAUUAAGGCUGUGUAGACGAUGUCAAUGAUGUUUGUUUUUAGUGUAGAUGGUAACUGAACAUGCGUCAGUGGAGUAUUGCAUAUUUGUUCUUCCCAGCUCUGAGCUCUGAGCUCUGUGUAGACGAUGUGAAUUAAGGCUACUACUCUACUCACCA